GAGGAUUGUGGUACUGGUGCUGAUGCGGGAUGAGUCAGGCUAUAUGAUGAUUCUACUGUCGCUUCCAUUUCAUCAGCACAAAACAUCCAAACAUUUCUCCAUCUUCCAAAACAUGACAGGCAUAAAUCAUCUUUGACUUUUACGCGACUUUGACCAAGGCAGGGAUCAUUUCAACAGCACGCCGACUCAUCUUCAGCAACAUCUAAGCAAAACAGACCGCCUACACGGAGCUGUUUGGUUUGCACCUGUUUGUCUGAUUUUUCGUAGAGACGAAUGUUUUGUUUAUUAUUCGGUAUGUUAUGUAAAUAGUUUAUGUCCGUCGUUUCAUCCUGCGGUAUCUAAAGAGGCUUCAAUCCUUUAAAGACUAUGGAAUCUGCCGUUUGGCAGCUUUGAACCGACCAAACAAAAACAACACCUGAAUAAACAUGGAAGCAAUUUGGCUUUACCAAUUUCGACUGAUUGUUAUUGGGGACUCCACUGUUGGAAAAUCAUGUUUAAUUAGGCGAUUCACAGAAGGCCGUUUCGCACAAGUGUCGGACCCAACAGUCGGGGUAGAUUUUUUCUCCCGCCUGGUGGAGAUUGAACCUGGGAAACGCAUUAAACUGCAGAUUUGGGACACUGCAGGCCAGGAACGCUUCAGGUCAAUUACCAGAGCAUACUACCGUAACUCUGUGGGAGGUCUUCUGCUCUUUGACAUAACCAACCGUCGCUCCUUCCAGAACGUUCACGAGUGGCUAGAAGAGGCACGCAGCCAUGUGCAGCCCCACAGCAUUGUCUUCCUGCUGGUCGGCCACAAAUGUGAUCUGGAACCACAGCGUCAGGUGAGCCGGCAAGAGGCAGAGAAGCUAGCGGCUGCAUAUGGCAUGCGCUACGUGGAGACUUCAGCACGUGAUGCCAUAAAUGUGGAGAGGGCUUUUACAGAGCUAACACAGGAUAUAUUCGAGCUGGUGAAGAGUGGGGAGAUUACAAUCCAGGAAGGUUGGGAGGGAGUGAAGAGCGGGUUCGUACCGAACGUGGUGCAUUCGUCAGAAGAAGUGACAAAGGGUGACCGCCGGUGUUUCUGCUGAGUCAGUAAUCGCCACACUGGUACUUAUCAAACAUUUGGGCCCUGGUGGACAAAACAACCCCACUUCCUCCAAUCACAGUGUCAGUCUUCAACUCCAUGAUUAUCACCCCUUUCCUGCCUGCUGAAUGUCUAAAUGAGUCCCACCAUGCCAUAUUGCUUCACUUUUCUAUAUUACUUUACUCAUUUACCUAAUCCCACAAUCUUGUAAAUGGACGAAUUGAACUGUUAAGAAUAAAAGGCUAUUGCAGAACUCCAGCUGAAAGGCCAAUCAGAACUAUAUCUGCACUUUAACUGUAACAUCUCUCAUUCAUUCUGUUGAGCCACGAAAGUUAGACUUCCCAAAUGAAGAUGCUCUUGCUAUAGACAUUGCAGUAUCGAGAACAAGCUUGUUCCAGGUAUCUUCUAUUGGUUGUAUCAUGGGGCAGAUAACGGACUAAAACAAUUUUUACUUGCUGACUUAAAUGAUGAAUGCUGAGAUAUGCAUUUCUGUUGACUCUAAGAUCUCAGACUUGAAACAUUUGACUGCUGGUGGUGUCAAAUGUCUGAUUAUUUUAGUAAAGACAAACAGAAAGGAGAUAUACUGCAAUAUACUACAUGAAACACACAAUCUGUCAUGAUUCCCAUAUGAAACAAAAAUAGAUUUUCCAUUAUAAUUGAAAUGGUGCGAGAUAAACGUCACCUGAAAUGAUAAUCCAUCAUAUCACCCAAAAGAGUAAUUUUAUGAUCUAAUGCUGAGAUUCAUAAGUAACUAUUAAAAGUAGAUCCAUGAGACCAAGAUGGAUUAAUAAACAUGCAUUAUUUUACAAAUAUUAACAUUUCACUUAUCACACAUUACCACUAGAGGCCUCUGGUGCUCACCAGAAUUACAAAGAAACCUUAAUCAGUUGUACUUUACACCUUUUAUCCCAAAGAGUGUUUCUGAUGUCACAGCUUGUGAUUGUACAGUACUAUCUAAUGUGAAAAAGCAAGCUCGUCCUAUAGGUUUUCUAAGUGCCCAGUGAGGGCCAUUGACCUUGUACACAUUCACAUCUGUAUCUAUAGAGAUUGCAUCACCACGUAAUUAACCCUUACUUUAUUCAUCUAUAACUUUAUCUUUACUUUUUUAAAUGACUUGCUCUUCACUUUUACUCUCACCCCUAAUAAAUAUUUCCAUAGCCACUUUCUCGAAUCUGAUAUGUUGGUCGAUACUGUCCAUAACAGUGCACAAAUGUAGUUAAUCUGUCACAUCAUUAGAUAACAUGAAGCCAUUUCAAAACAUGGCUGAGACGGGGUCAAACAAGAGGAGUUUGGAUUGGGUUGACCACUGGCUUGCUCUAUAAGCUUUUUGUGGCUUAUGUGGAUUUGCAAGGACUGGCUGUACAAACACUGUUGUUUCAGUGAAUUUAAGACACCCUGUACCUCUUCAUCAAGGUAACUUGAAAUGUACUACAAAUUAAAAUAACAUGCAAAAAAUGUUCUUGUUGUAUAUUAUAACUUAAUUGACAUUUCACCCGUGGCCUGUAGGAAUUGAGGGCCAUUGAAUAGUUCAAUGAUGAUAUU